AUGAAUGACGACACCAUCACGUGGGAAAUCCUGGGCAAGGGAAAAUGCUCAUUCAAGAAGAAAACGCAAACGCAAAUGUUCUGCAUGAAUGAAUAUAACGUUACGGGCCUAUGUACCAAGGUGAAUUGCCCUCUAAGUAACAGUGUCUACGGAACAGUCAUUUUAGAUAAGGGAGAAAUUUAUUUAUACCUAAAGUACCCAGAGAAGGCCCACCUUCCGAGCUCCAUGUGGACCAGAAUCCAGCUAAGUCAAAACAAGAAGGAAGCGUUCAAUGCUAUUUAUAAAGAAAUGAAGUACACCCACAAUAUUAAGCAAAUAAAAAAAUGCAUGAAGAGAUAUGCACGGAUGAAAGAGAUUUUAAAACGGAGUAGAAAACUAAUUUUACAGAAGCAAGUAAAGUUGGUUCCCAUUAAAAAAAAAACAGAAAGAAGGGAUAGGACCCGGGAAAAUAAGGCUCUCAAAGCAGCCAAUAUUUUAAAUAAUGUCGAAAAGGAAUUGCUCAACCGGUUGAAUAGUGGGGUGUAUGGUAAUUUGUAUAAAUUUUUGACCCCCAAAAAGAAGGUUAAAAAUAAGGACUCAGAGUUGGCCAAGCUGUUUGAUGAGGUGGAGGACGCACAGGACAUGAAGAUGAAAAAGAAGAAGAAGAAGGUGGAGCAGGAGGAGGAGAAAGACGAAUACAGUGAUGAGGAAGGAGAGGAAGAGGAAGAAGAGGAAGAAGAGGCAGAAGAGGCAGAAGACGACGAAGACAAUGACGAUGAUGAGGACGACGGGGACGACCAUGAUGAUGACGACGAAGGUAGUGGUGAUGAUGAGGACGAGGAGGAAGACGAUGACGAGGAUGAGGAUGACCUGGAAGAUGAAGAGGAAGACGACGAUGAAGAUGAUUAUGAUGAUGAAGAAGAGGACGAGGAAGAGGAGGAUGAAGAAGAAGGUGAUGUCGAUGAAGAUGACGAACCCCGAGGGAGAAAGACGAAGAAGAAGCAGAAAUUCGCCAAGGAGUACGUGGACGGCGAGCACAUCAGGACUCUGCAGGAGGAAGGAAAGCUGUUUGAUGAAGACGAAGUGGAGGAGUUCGACGGAAACUUCACGAAGAAGAGGAACACCAAGGCAGGCGGCAAGAAGGACAAAAAGAAGAUUCGAAUAGCGUACGAAAAUGAUUAA